AUGGAAAAACAAAUGAAAUUGUUACUCAGUCAAAUUACAGAAAAGUUUAAUGAACAAACAAAAACACUAACAACGGAAAUAACGAAGAAUGUAAUGGAGGCCCUGGACGAAAAGUUGAAAAUCCUAAGAGAAGAAAAUAACGACCUCAAAACCAAAGUUAAUAGUCUGGAGCAAAAAAUAUCAUAUUAUGAAAAGGAAAAACGAAGGAAUAAUUUGGUUUUUUUCGGUAUUGAUGGAAAAGGAAAGACAGAAUUGGAGCUGGUCGAUCAUAUUAAAGAAAUUGUAGAGGAAUCGGGAACGAAUUUAGAUAGCCAGGAAAUUAGCAAUAUCCAAAGAAUUGGAAAACAAUCGGAAAAUAAUUUUCCAAUACUAAUAUCUCUCACCACAUCCUGGAAAAAACAUCUGAUACUGAAGAACAAACGACAUCUUCCGCCAAAUGUGUAUGUCAAAGAGGACUUCCCGAAGAAUGUUCUUGAAAUACGUAAACAGUUGCAGCCGAAAAUGGAAGAAGAAAGAAAAAAGGGAAAUAUAGCUUACAUAAAGUACGACAAACUAAUUGUCAAAAAACCAGGGACCAUCAACCGAGAAAAAAGGAAGAGAGAGACAACAAAAUCACCAAAUACUCAAUCUCAGAAAAAACAAAACAUAGUAAAUACAACAAAAAUAGCAACACCUCAAAACUCGGCAAGGGAAGUAAUCAAACCAAGUAUACUAGCAUAUGUUUCACGUGAUAGAUCAAACUCUAUGCCAGAGCUGCCAAAAAACAAGUAA